CCACAGUCCUUGGAACUUCAGCCCUUGGGAAAGAAGCUCAGAGGAUAUGUGGUCCAAUCCAUACCUGAGUAGGAAUUCCUCUAAUUUAGUUCCUUCCAGGUCUGAUAUUCUAUAGUUCUGAAUUUCAGUCACCUGGGAGGCCAUUCACUCAAGAGGACAGAAGCUCUGAACUGACCGCAUAUGUCUGGCUUCCUGUUCCUGUCAUCUGUAGCCAGGGCCUAGAACCCUCAAUCUUUUUCUUCUGCAAAGAGGAUAUAAGCCUCAGCCCAGUGGACUGAGGUUUAUGAAAAUAAAAUUUGUGCUGAUUACAGAUAUAAGGCAGCUCUAGCCUCUUAAGAGCAAAGGCAUCCUGGGUCACCAUGGUCCACUGUAACAACCAAAGCAUGCCUCCCCCCAUGACAGUCUUCGUGCUGCUAGGCUUCCCAGCUCUUCAGGGGGCCCCUCUCCCACUCUUCUUCAUCUUCCUGGCCCUGUACACCCUCAUCGUUGUGGGCAAUCUAGUGAUCCUAGUGGCUGUAGUUGGAGACCCCAGACUCCACAAACCCAUGUAUUUCUUCCUGUGCAACCUCUCGGUCCUAGAUGUUCUCUUCACAACCACCACUGUGCCCAAGAUGCUAGCCAUGUUCCUCUCCCAACAUAAUACCAUCUCCUUUGCUGGCUGCUUCCUGCAGAUGUACAGUUUCCAUACCCUCACGGUCAUGGAAUCCUUUAUCCUGGUAGUCAUGGCCUAUGAUCGCUAUGAAGCCAUAUGCCACCCGCUGCACUAUCCUGUCCGCAUGACUCCACAAGCCAACGCCAGGCUGGCAGCGAGUGCCUGGGCCAUGGCACUGAUCAUCCCAGCUCCUGUGAUGGUGGAGACAUCCCAGUUGGAAUACACGGCUAGGGCCACAGUGGAACACUGUUUCUGUGACCACCUUGCUGUAGUAAGGGCUGCCUGUCAGAAUGCUGGGACUGAGCACCAGACUUUUACUGGCUUCUGCAUUGCCAUGACUGUCUCCUUGGUGCCUCUAUUCCUAGUCCUCUUCUCCUAUGGGCGGAUCCUGGCCUCUGUUCUAAAGAUUGCUUCCCAGGAAGGUCGGGCCAAGGCUUUUUCCACCUGUACAUCCCACCUUCUGGUAGUUGGUACCUACUACUCAUCCAUCGCUGUGGCUUACGUGUCCUACCAAAUGGAGAUGGCCAUUGACCUUCACGUGCUCAGCAAUGUCAUUUUUGCUAUCCUGACCCCCAUGUUGAACCCCCUUAUCUACACAUUGAGGAACAAGGAUGUAAAGGAGGCCAUUAAGACUGUUUUUCUAAGAAUACUUCCUCAUUCAAAGAACUCUUAGCCAGUUCAUAUAAAAUGGCCUGGGACCUUUAUUAGACUACAAAAUCAAUAUGGGUCAAAAGUA